CCUGUCAUUAUUUUGAGGGAAAAUCAAAAUGGCGGACACGGGUGUAAAUUCUUUGGCUUGAGACACUUUCCUUGAUAUGGCGAUUAUUCCAUAAGUCUAAUCAAUCACUGCCCCGAACUUGGCAUAAUGAUUUAUCAGUUUCUGUACUCUAUUGUAGCUCUAUGUUUUGGCGUCUCGGUGUUUGUGCGGUAUGUGAAUGAUGGCAUGAGUUUCGGGUUCCGUUCGGCGCUGAGUUUGCUGGUGCUGUUUCUCGGCGAGCCGUUCUGUCACCAUGUAGUCGGCGAGUUUGGAGGACUCCUGCUGUACGGACUGGCCUGUGUGGUCAUGUACAUGGUACUGCCUGCUGGGGAGGUAGCGCUGAAGGACAGAGUCGUGCUCAUAACAGGAUGUGAUAGUGGAUUUGGCUGUGCCCUAGCCCAGCACCUGGAUAGCCAGGGCUGUGUGGUGUUUGCUGGCUGUCUCCAUGGUGAUGGGGAGAGGGCCACCAGCCUCACAAGCAGCUGCUCAGCUCAGCUGAAAAUUCUGCAGCUGGAUGUGACAGAUGCCCAGCAGGUGGAUCAGGCCAGACAGGCAGUACAGGAGUACCUGGGACCAGACAGAGGUUUGUGGGGUUUGAUAAACAAUGCUGGCCUGGUGUACUUCGGUGAGCUGGACCUCCUCCCCUUCUCCAUGGUUCAACACAGCAUAGAUGUGAACCUUGUCGGGAUGUUACGUAUGACCAAGACCUUCCUCCCUCUACUGAGGAAAGGGAAGGGCAGGGUCAUCAACAUGUCCAGCAUUGCAGGAAGUGUUCCGCUGAUGUUCAUGUGUGCGGAGGGAGCAGCCAAGGCAGGGGUGGAGGCAGCGUCCCACAUCCUGCGACAGGAGCUGAAGAAAUGGGGGGUUCAUGUGUCCAUUGUGCAGCCAUUUGCCUUCAAGACAGAAUGGCAAAGUUCAGAGUCCAUGCUGAAGAACUAUAACCAGAUCAGACAGACCUUGGACAAGGACACAUUGGACGCCUAUGGUCUGGACUACCUGGAUGCUUUCAAACAUAACUUACUGAAUGAGGAGUCCUUGAAUGAAGACCUUGGCCAAGUUAUAGGAGCUAUGACAGAUGCGCUGACGUCCAGAGGUCCGCGGGCCUGGUAUCCAUGUGGGCGGGGCACCCGGUCACUCGUCUGGUUAUCCAACCUUCUACCCACCAGCAUCCUGGACAUGAUACUACCUCUUCUAAUGCUCCAAAUAGACGUCACACCAACUCGGCUCAGAGAAAGAUAACAGUGGAGCUAGGAUUGUCAUCUAGUACAUCUCUAGAAUAUGUAGUAAACCAAGUUUUUAGUGUUGUCACUGCCACAGAUACAUGUAUGUACUGUCAAAACUGACCUAGAAGACCACACAGGGAACCAAAUGGUUGUUAUAGCCAGUAUUCUUAAUGCUUGUGUUAAUGGGAAAAAUUGUCUAAAGGGACCACCAAUUUGACCAAAAACACCAUUUUGACAUUGGCCAGGUGUUUUUUAUGUAGAGAUGGUCACUUGUGCAGAUAAAAUGUAAAAUUGGCUGUAGUUAUUGACAAUAUGAUGUAGAUGUUGUGUCUAGCAUGGCAGG